GGGAACCACUGGUCCAAGGUGUUCCAUUUUAGUAUUUAAAACACUUAAAACUGUCAACAGUUCCUUCACGCGGCCUGUCUUCAGGCCAGGAGAGCUGUAAACCUGAUCCAGGCCCAGAACUCUGCACAGUGGCGUCUCUCAGCUCUGAGCUGCAGAACUGGUCCGGACUCAGGAAUCUGGAGUCUGACUGCGCUCUUGUUGCGUCUCCUGGACUCCGGCGCGCGGGGCGGGGUGGCGCUCAGUCCGGCGCGCGGCGCACCGUCACCAGCUGCUCUCCCUGCACCGUCUGCCGGCCUGGGACGAGCCGCCAACAUGGGUGUAGAGAAGGAACGAUCGGACACCAGCAUCAUCAUGGACGAGUUCAACAGAUCCAAAGAACCGAUUCUGUCUAAAAACAAGAAGGGGUUCGCUGCUGUGCCGGACCGAGACCCGAGCGGCAUCAACGCGCAUCUGAAGGUGGGCUUUGAGGAUCUGAUCGCGGAGCCAGUCUCUGCGCACAGCUUCGACAGAGUGUGGGUCGGAAGCCACGCCACCUUCGAGCUGGUGAAGUUCUUCUUCUACCGCCUGCUGAGCGCGCUGCUGGCCGUGCCCGCGGCUUUCCUCCUGGGUCUGCUGUUCGGAGGGCUGAGCUGCGUGCGCGUCUGGUUGGUGAUGCCCACAGUCCAGAGUUUCAUGAUGCUCCUACCUUCACUGCAGAUUGUGUGGAGGAGCCUGAUGGAUACAUUCACAACUCCGCUUUUUCACAGCGUGGGAAAAUCCCUGUCCUCUGUUCGAGUUCAAACAGCAGAAGACUGAUGCAGACGGCUGUGUCCCACAGGAAGGCGGGAUGUAAUGUAGGAACGAGUCAAGUUGAAGAUGCAGUGAUUCCAGUGGAACACACGAGUCUUUUAUCAAAUAUGAUAUAAAAUGAAGGAAACUAAUGUGCAAAGCGAUGACAAUCAUAAGUUAAACACAUUCAAAUCAUUCAGUUUACAUUUAGCGGCAGCUGGUCAUGUUUGAAACCAGGUCCAGUUUCAGCUGAAGGGUUAAUAUUUUUAUUUUAUUAUCAAGGUUACAACAUCAGUGGCUUCUAUCUGCGUAUAUUUCUGUGAAUUACAAUAAAAGCAUUAUUUUUGAGGAGCGUUUUUUAAGUCAGAAAAAUGUCAACUAAACUCUAGUUUGAUGCAAAUCUAAUGAGAUGUAAUAAUUCAACAGAGAAAGAUACAAACACAGAGGUGUAUAACUUAAAACAAAUAAUUAUCCCUUAACAAAAAUGACUGGUAAACAUGUAUUUUACGGAUUAAAAAAUACUUAAGUAAAAGUAAUAAAACUGCUCACAAUUAUCAUGAAAAUAAAAGUAAUUUAAUAAAAACUUUAUAAAAUUAAAUUAAUUCUACUGAGCAAUUUACGCAUUCUCUUUAAAAGAAAACAUGGAAAUUGCUUUAAAUGUAUUUUCAUUUUAUUUGCAUGUAUAAUUUUGAUGCAUUAUUAUUUGCUUUGCAGAGUGCAUAAACAAUAUAUUUCAUUAUCAGUUAGGUUUUUU